AUGAAAACAAGACAUAACUGUGAAGAGUUCAGAAUGUACAAAAAUUUGUUGCUGGUUAUAACGGCGUUUUCAGUUGGAAGCGCGGUUUUCUGGCAGCAAAAAGGUAAUUUCACAUUCCAGCUCUGCCGUGAAGAUGUAAAAUGUUUAGGUAUAGAUAAAACCACAAAAUCAGUAGUAAUUGCUGAUGCUAACAAAGAGAACAAUGUACACUAUUUGUGGAAACUAAACGAGCAGGGUUUAUUGGUUUCCACAUUAGCUAACAACAGUUUAGGCUUGGAUAUUAGUUUACCAGCUUCUUGCAUUGGAUCGAAACUUUUUUAUUAUGACACGAUCCCAGUUUACAACCUUCAAGCGAAACAGUAUGACGUUAGGACAAAAACUCAAAAAUGGAUUUUAGUUGUCAAUAAAACGACAUCAGAUUACAAUCUUACGAGAAUUAUCAAUGAAGAAAUCAAUUCAACAAUUUUUAUCGGCAACGAAGAACCUUCCAAAGCAAUGGUCAUCACCGAAAUUGUCAAAACAGAAACAAACAUUAGCCUGAAUUUUUACGAUAACACGCAGAUAUGUGGUGAGGCAGUAGCCUUUUUUGAACGCAAACGUCUUGGGUAUUUCCUAAACAAAACGUACACAUUCUGUCGUAACAUAUCUAGUAUACCACACACAAUGUGUUUAACAAGCGGAACGAAAAUUGAAUUCAAACCAGAAAACGGAAAUUUGAGCCAGCAGUGGGUUUACAACGAGUAUGGAUAUUUGGUCUCCAGUUUAAAUGGAUUUGGGAUAGAUAUUGAUUGGGAGUACUCGUACAAAUGCGGAAAAAAUGAUGAUAGUCUUAUGGAUCAAGACAAAAAGGAAGAAAAGGCAGUUGUAGGACUUGUUUCAACUCCGUUUGUAGAUGGCAAGGGAACGAUGAGGUGGAGAGUAGACAGUACAGAGAGCACAAUCACAAACUAUCCAGGUUAUCUGAUAGUACAUCACCUCUUCCAGAAACGUUGUGGAACUGAUUCUUACAAGUUGGACAGCAGCAGCAGAAACGCUUUUCAAACUGUCGCUAUAUACGAGUGGAAUCGAAAUUCUCUCUACUUGGAUGACUGUCCGCGGAGCUUUGAUUGCCAAUUGAGUAUAACAAGCUUCAGAGAUAAUCGUUUUGAAAAUAAUGCUGGCUUUAGGAUUUGUGAAAAGAAGACACCAAUGUGUCUGAAAUCAAUUUUUAUGUCAGAACUACAGCUAACAACCAGAGACACAAACCCCAGAAUAACAAGUGACCAGUUGUGGGAAUACAAUGACUACGGUUUCAUAAAUAAAUACCAGUCCACUGACGGUAUUGGGUUGAGUAGAGAUUUGGUGUGCGUUACAUAUACUAAAAAUCAAGUUACCGUAGCGAAUGUACCUGCCUAUAAAGUAGUUUUGAAAGUUUUUGAAUUGGAAAAAAAGUCCAUGAGAUGGAAAUUAGAAAACUUUAACGAUGGCAAACUUGUGAAUGUGGAAGUGAACUUGACAAUUCUUCUGAGAGUUCAUCCAUCCACCCCUGUACUAGCCAUACACGGCAUGUUGUCAGAUGGACUAAAUGUUACCAGCAUUGAUCAUAACUUAGAAACUAGCUCGUGCUUUGAAAACGUUGUUGCCUACGAGAAUACAUAUUUAAGUAAUGAGAAAAUCAUGUUUAUGUGGUGCUCCCAGCCUCUGGUUAACAGAACAUACGGCUCUCUAAACUGUUUAACCUGCAAAGAAAACGAACUGGCUUUUGAGAAUAAAACUGAGCUGCCUAAUCAAUUUUGGUUCCGAAACCAGCAUGGCUAUUUGGUCUCACGGGACAAUGAGAAUGGUAUAGACCUCGUCAAUCACACAAUGCCUAUAUGCGGAAGAAUUAGGAAAGACAACACUUCCAACUUUAUUAACGUUGUCGGUUUCCAGCUGAUUCCCGCUAGGUUUGAUAUAAAUAAGAAAACCAUGUUGUGGAGUGAUUUGGGAUCUUCGGUUCGCAUAGUGAACAGGAAGUUGAACUUACAAUUGCACAUAGCAAAGUUUGAAAAUUGCACUCCAAGAAUUAAUAGUUCAGCCUCCUUUAUUGGAAUAUUUGGUGUGGAUAAAAGAUUUUUGAAUGAUGCUUUCAGCUGUACCGAUAUUGAACUGUGCAAAAACGAUUUAGAGAGUUUCAAUAGUCGUUUAAAUAAUUGA